AUGAACCAGCAUACCUUCCGUUUGAUCCAUGCACUGAACAACAACAACAACUCUCAUUUAACGGAAAACACAAAACUAUUACAAACAAUUUAUGAAAAUGCUCUAAAUUGCUACGAGUUGUUGGAUGAUCCUAAGAAAUAUUUAUGUCUUUCCGAAAUCAAGUCUAUCUCUUCAUCAACAUCGGAUAAAACCUCCGUGAUGGAUAUUUACAUGCAAAGUAUGAGACAGUACUUUAUCAAGAAUCAUGUCCCAAUAUUUAAUUCAAUUUCCAAUGUAGAUUCAUUGGUAAAUACCAUUCAAAAUAUCUGUUUAAUUGUACAACGCUAUAUUCAAUUUUUUGAAAUGUUAGAAAAUUAUUUAGAAAUUGAUGAUGGAAGAAUGAGAGAAGAAUUUAUUGUUUUUGUUCAAUCUACCCUCUUUUACAAAUUAAAUAUAGAUCAAAGAGAGUAUUUAAUUAAGAAGAAUAUCUCCGAAGUGUUGGUUCAGUACUACAGAGCUACUUUUAUGGCGUUUGCCUCAACCAUAGAGUCUGAAGAGACAACUCUCGAAGCGGAGAGUGUCAUUGAAAACUUUAAAUUAUUCUCAGAUCAAGUUCGAAUAUUGAGAGCGAACUUCAUGAAUUCGAUAAUUUCUAACAGCUGGAUCUCUUUCAUGUUCUCAGCCAUUAAGGAAAAAAUCACAGAAGUUGCAACUAUGGAUUUUGAACAAGAAAUUCUCAGUUACAUACAGCAAUGGAAAGAACAAAUUAUAUAUCCAUAUAUGGAUAUGUAUUUUUGCAACAACGCUUCCCAUGAAUUGUUCAAUACCCUAAAAUCUCAAGUAGAUUAUUUCGUUUUUGAAAAUUUAGCGAAAAUAAGGAUAAAACAAAUAUUUAACAUGAUCAUUGAUUUCCCAACAAGCCAACAGGCAAUCUUGGAUUUAAAAGAUUGUUUGAAUCAUUGUGGUAUGCAUCAAGAGUUGGUUGAAGAACUAAACAAAAGUGUGAAAAAUAGACUAUUAAUAGCUAGUGUAGAAACUAAGAAUAUUAUCAUGGCAUUUAUUAGGAUUAUAAAAUCACUGUUAAUUAUUGAUCCAACUGGUAUAUCUCUAGAUUCUGUAUCGUUUCACAUUAAGGACUAUCUCAGAGAAAAGAGGCCAGAUGCUGUUCGUUGUAUUGUCAAUGAAAUGAUCGAUGAGCAAAACGAAUCAGCACUGUAUCAUGAACUGCUUACUUCAGAUCCUCCACAGAGUAGUCUCGACUAUGACUCUGAUGAUGCAGAAGGUGCUUCUGAAAAUUGGAAUCCAAAACCAAUCCAUCCUUCAUCAUCCAAAUCUAAAUUGGAAAAGCCUGAUAUUAUCAAAAUAUUUAUUGAUAUGUUUAAAGGAAAUAGAGAAAUAUUCGUCAAUGAAUAUAGGACGAUAUUAGCAGAGACACUAUUGAAGAACGAAAAAUAUGAAACCAAUAAUGAAGCUAAAAUGGUGGAAUUGCUGAAAAUUAGAUUUGGAGAAAAGAAUAUGCAAAAUUGUGAAAUUAUGCUAAAAGACAUUUCCGAUUCGAAGUUUCUCAACUCUGGAAUUCAUGCAAGACUUUCGAAUAGAAACGAUUAUAUUGAAUUAUCAAAUGAAAAUCUCGCCGAGAUCACCAUUCAACCUGAUUCACAAAUUCCAAGUGUGUUUAUGUUAUCAAAGAAUUAUUGGCCUCAGCAACUUUUUAACCAACAUUCCUCACUGCAGGUUCGUCCAUCGGACGAAAAUAAGACCAUGAUUCAUUUGCACCCAUUUGUGGAACAAUUAAUGGAAGAGUAUGCUGCACAGUAUAAUGCCAUCAAAGCACCUCGUAAGCUGUUAUGGGAAAAACAACUAGGCUCUAUUGAUUUUGAUAUUGAAAUUGGUGGAGAGGUGGUCUCGUUUGUCCAAAUUCAUCCAAUAUCGGCUUCGAUUCUCUUCCAUUUUUCUGACAGAAAUGAGUGGUCCAAACGAGAAAUGUGUGAAUUAAUGAAUGUUGACGAGAAGCAAUUCCAGAAGAGAAUCUCAACAUGGACAAAGCGAGGAAUAAUUAUUGAGAAUGGUGAUGAUAACCUUAGAUUGGUGGACAACCUAUCAGCAUCUCUUAAUACACAAGUUGAGGAUGACAAUAUGGAGGAGUCAUCAGCAGCUCAGAAUCCAGAAGAGGCUAUGCGUAUUUAUCAAGACUUGAUCAUUGGCAUGCUUAACAACUUUGAUAGUAUGCCCUUAUCAAAAAUUCAUAACAUGUUGGGAAUGUUUCCGUUGGAUCCUCUUCCUCCAUUCGAUAAAUCCUUGACAGAACUGGGAGCUUUUCUUGGUAUCUUGGUGAAGGAAGGUGUGCUUGAGUGUGACAGUGGUGAAUAUCGAGUAAAAGCUUGA